AUGCUGAUUCUGGACAAUAUCACAGCCAUGAGGGCACACCCCAAGUUCGGCACCAUCUUGGCUUCCUCUUCCUACGAUGGCAAGGUCUUGAUCUGGCGCGAACAGCCCUCGGGCGCACCGUCAGCCACCGGUAGUUCAUGGAACAAGGUUUUCGAUUUCUCCCUUCACACCGCAUCCGUCAACAUCGUCUCCUGGGCUCCCCAUGAAAGCGGGUGUCUUCUGGCUUGUGCCUCCUCAGACGGCCACGUCAGUGUUCUCGAGUUCCGCGACAACAGCUGGACUCACCAGCUCUUCCAUGCUCAUGGUAUGGGCGUAAACGCGGUCAGUUGGGCACCGGCCGCAUUACCUGGAAGCUUGAUCAGCACCAAUCCCGGAGCUGGCCAGCAGAGAAGCCCAGAGUCCAAGACAUAUAAUUUGGUUCAGACCUUAGAAGGCCACACCGACUGGGUUCGGGAUGUUGCAUGGUCGCCGAGCAUUCUCUCCAAGUCGUACAUCGCCUCCGCCUCGCAAGACAAGACUGUCCGUAUUUGGACGUCGGACGCGUCGAACCCGGGCCAAUGGACCAGCACCCAACUCGAGUUUGACACGGUGCUAUGGCGAGUCAGCUGGAGCUUGAGCGGCAACAUCCUUGCUGUGAGCGGCGGCGACAACAAGGUCAGCUUGUGGAAGGAAAACCUGAAGGGCCAGUGGGAGAAGGUUAAAGACAUCGAGGAGUGA